AUGGUAUCCAGCAAAGGACCCUUCUCUCAAAAGUGUCGACCUCUGGCAGCGUGUUGUGUUGUCAGCAGCACCUUACAGAUCAAUCAUAAAACUGUUCAGCGGCACCCGGCCGAACGUCAGAAGAUGCCCUUGAUCAAUGGAAUGAAGAUGGCCUGUGAGCCAUGUAUCCGAGGCCACCGAUCCACGAAAUGUAAUCACGCCAGCGAGAGAUUGAUGGUUCCUGUCAGGAAGCCGGGAAGACCUUUGAGCGCGUGCCCACAUCCUCGAGACCAACCAUGCGGCUGUGGUAGUGUGACGGCCGCGAUUCCUAGAAAGCAGACUUGUCAUUGCGGCAGUGAUGCAACUUCGCAGGACGGAAGAUCUACGCCUGCACGACUCACGGACUCGACCGGAGCAGAACUGUCAUCUCCAACCAGGUACACUUUCAAAGUUGGCAAACCAAAGUCCGCAUCUGGCCGGAAACAGUCUUUCGAUCUUGCCAAUUUGGAACGGAUGGAUGUGAACCAAGUCAAUAUUCAACAAUAUGAGCGACCCCAAGUACCGGUCCAUUUCCAAAAUGGCUAUACCAUGGCGGCUCCGGCUCCGCAGAUGUACGGGUACGUGCAGCAGUAUGCGCAAAUGCAACCUCAAUUCAUGCUUCCGCUACAACCUCCUACACAUUCGAUGCAACAUAAUGGAGCCAACGGCUUCGCCAAUGGAGGGGUUCCCAAUAGCUGUCUGGACCAGGUCGUGGAAAGUCCUCUAGCCACGCAAACAUCGUUCAGCAGUGGUGAUUCGGGCAAGUUUGUUGAUGGGAAUGUAACCGGAAAGGAACCCCCCUUCGAGAAUGGUAGCAUACCCAAGGCACAAAACGGGAAGUCGUGCUGUGCCCCAAAGCAGAACAGCCAUAGCCACACAUCAAGUUCCAGCUCGAACUCGGAAGUCUCGGAGCCACCAGCAGCAAGUUGUUGUUCCUCGGCGCUGUCAAAGACAGACUCCAUGACCUCUACCCAAUCCACCCCUCAUAUGGCGCCCCAUCAGAUGCCAUCACAAGGUGGGAUGCAUUUCAGCCCGGUUAUGUACCCGCAGUUCGCCCCUCAGCCAACUAUUUUUACAUACCCAGCUACCUAUGGGUCCUUCCAAAACCCACUUCAGCCAGCCUCCUGGCGACAAAGUAUUCGCACAAACAACUACUCGCAAUCCCCAAUCCCUGCUGGACAACAACCGCAUGAUAUACAGCUCGCCCCCGACAGCCUCGAUACCAUCCACUCGUGUUGCUGCGGCGAGAGCUGUCAAUGUGUAGGCUGUGCGGCUCACCCGUAUAAUGACGCUACUCAAAACUACGUUCGUUCAGCCUACAACACACAGCAAAUCGGCGCCAGUGAAUCUUACACAAAUAGACACGCACUAGACGGCAACGGAGCUGCCACAACUCAGCCCCAGUCCGCGGACACAGUACCCUCACCGACCGCCCACACGCCCUCCAGUACGACCUCAGGAAACUGCGAAGAGCAAAGCCUUUCAGCCGCCGACUUUUUCUUCGUCAACUACCCCUUCUCGGGAGACGGCUGUGGUGGAGACACGAAAAGCUGUCCGUGUGGCGAUGAUUGCGAAUGUCUGGGGUGCAGCAUACAUCGCGACCCUAUGCCAUGCGCAGGGGAUGAAGGUGGAUGCCCCUGUGGAGAUGACUGUCAGUGUAUAGGAUGUGAGAUACACAAGAAGGUCGGUUUUAGCGCGGCAUUGGACGGUAUAGCCGAGACCGUGGCGGAUGGUGCAGUUGAUGGCCCGGUAAAAGGUAGCUGCUGCGGAGGCUCGUCUGGCUGA